AAAAGGUGUAAGUUGAAUCAAAGUGAGCGAGAGAGAGAGAGAGAGAGAGAGAGAGAGAGAAAGUUUUCUAUUGAGUGUGCCAUUGAUGGUGAGGAGUUAUUCAGCUGUGCAAGACAUAAAUGUCUUGGCCUAGCAUUGUGUCUUUUGAAUAGGAGGCAUAGCAAUACACCUAAUUGGGUGUUAUACAUUGUAUGUGGAUUGCUAGUGUACAGAGAGUGGACACACCUCAACUUGAACGCCGUGAGGAAAGGAGAGUUGGUUCUGGCUGCUCUGAAAACGCAGUUGAAGAUAAUUUGUCUUUUUUGAACUUGCUAAUAUUAUGCAAGAACUACUAAUUUUUCUAAACCAAAGGCAGAAGAGUUAGCCUGUUACAUCAGUGUAAACUUAACAAUUUUUCAAGCCUGUGAAACUCAAGCCAUCGAUGGCACGUGAUGUUGGGACUUAGGACGAAAUACAUAAUCUGGAUAACUGAGUUGGCGGUUUGAACUACAUCGAAGUCAAGUCAUCCGCACGGCAGUUCCAAACCUUCGAUUUAAAGGCAGACUGUCAUCAAUCGUUGAACCGGUGAGCUGUAUAAAAGCCAGAUAAUGCUUGAAAUGAAACUGUUAUACAGAGAAAAGAUGUCAGUUGAAGAAAACCUGAACUGAGACGUUAUAACUCUUUGAUUGUCAGUUAAGACAAUGUUUUUAUUUUUAUUUUUUCGUCGAUGCUUUCAUUGUUGAAGGACGAGUGGCCCAGGCCAGAAGGCCUAUAUAUUCGAGUUCGUGCACUGAACAAAUUGUAGAAGUUGAUUGUAGAAGUUGAUUGUAGAAGUUGAUUGUAGAAGGUGAUUGUAGAAGUUGAUUGUAGAAGUUGAUUGUAUGAGUUAAAACUCGACACAGUUCUGGUGUCCGUUUCAACUCGUUUAUUGACCGGUAUAGAGAACUUAUGAUAUUCGAAUUGAGAGUUGACUAACAGUAUAGGAUGGUAUGAGAAAUAUUACAUACUAAAGUGAUAUCUAAACAUACAAAAAUUAUAUGCCAAGUGGUGAAGGAUAGAUAGGCUAAUUCAGGGCCUAAUCCCAUCAUUGUUGGAGUGAGGUAUAUGUAUGGAUAGUGAGACAUUAUAUUCACUUAAUGCUAAUUGUGCUAAAUAAACGCUGAUGAUUGUUCUUUAUGCUAAAUGGCAUGUGUUAAAUCUCUAUCAUUUAAGUCUCCAUGUGACAUUUCUGGGGGCUUGUCCGGGAGACAUAAAUGCCAUUUAUAGUCACAUGGUUUUAGAUUCUUACAAUGUUUUCAAAUAGAUGUAGGGACCUCUCGCAAAUUUUCAUUUUGAUAACUUUAACCUAUGUAAAGUCAGAGAGCGUAUAUAAUAGGUGUAACAUGGAUUUGAGUAAGUUGAUUGAAGUAGGGGAAAAGUUUGGAUUAGGUGGAAACGAAUUAAAGUCAUUUGUGACGGCGGAACAGAAAAGAGCAAGAGAUGAGAGAGCAGAGCAGCUCGAAUUGAAAAGGAGAGAAAAGGAAGUGGCAGAGAUACAGCUAGAGAUUGAACGCGAAAAGCGCAAUGCCCGCGAAAGUAAUGGUUCUGAAAUGAACCUUUCACAGGUUGUAGCUAACAAAGCGAAAGCGCCGAAACUGCCUACUUUCUAUGAAGAGAGAGAUGACAUUGAUUCUUACCUCCAAAGGUUUGAAAGAUAUGCCAAAAGUCAAAAUUGGCCUGAAACUGACUGGGCCAUAAAUCUGAGUACUUUGCUUACAGGUAGUGCGUUAGAGGUAUUUACUCAGUUGUCGUGUGAUGAUGGAAAUAACUUCAAAAUAUUGAAGAAUGCCCUUUUGAAAAGAUUUCACUUAACUGAAGAUGGAUUUAGAUCAAAAUUUGCUACAGGAAAACCGCACACAGGAGAGACGGGACAUCAAUAUGCUACCCGAAUGGAAAACUACCUUGAUAGGUGGAUCGAACUUGCAGGUAUCAAAUUGACAUUUCAGGAUCUCAAGGACCUAAUUCUUAGAGGUCAAUACAUCGAAGGCUGUCAUCGAGAUCUUGUAAUUUUCCUGAAGGAACGCCAACCAACAACCAUGCAACAGACGGUAACCCUGGUAGAUCACUACCUUGAUGCAAGGGGUGGGUAUUUUAAAACACAGGUUCCUCCUAGACAGCCAAUGCAGCCUGGUACGUCAAAGAGAAACGAAGGUAAGCCUCUUUCAUCCCAAGCUAAAUCUUUCCAAGAAAAUAACAAACAAAAAACUUGCUUUAAUUGUCGCCAAAUAGGUCAUCUUGCAAGGAAUUGUCCAGCUAGUGCCCCCAAGCAGCCCCUUUGUUACCUUUGUCGUAAAACAGGCCACUACGCUAAGGACUGCCGUUUUACUUCUACAAAAGCAGCAGGGCUGAUGACAGCAGAAGAGACAACCAUACCAGGGGCUAAUCACCAAGAAUGGACACCUCAUGACUCAGAAGUGUUCGAGCCGCAGAUGACCCAGACCUAUCCUGGUCGCCUAAAUUCCAUGGAAUAUGUGCCGUGGAGACAAGAGCUCAACGAAGGGACCGAGAGAAGCCAUACCGGGCAUUAAAGACUCCCAAGCCAUUUGAGAAUAUUGUCACCCCACAGAUGCUGAAAACCGCCCAGCAAGAGGAUCCCACACUGAACCGUGCUAGAGAAUUGGCAAACAGUCAAGAUGAAAAGUUCGAGAAGCCCCUCAAGAGAGCAUGGGAUAUUCCCCCUUCGAGCUCCUAUAUGGGAGAAAGGUCAGAGGCCCCAUAGCAAUACUUCGUGAAUUGUGGACAGGGGAAGCUGAUACAGCAGAAACAAAAACAACUUACCAAUAUGUUCUUGAUCUAAAAAAUAGAUUAGAUGAAACAUGUCGCAAUGCCCACGAAGAACUACAGAAGUCGUCAACUAGAUAUGAAAGGUACUACAACCGAAACGCCAAGCAUCGAGAGUUUCAGGUAGGUGACCAAGUCCUUCUCUUACUCCCUACCGACAGAAAUAAACUUCUAUUACAAUG